AUGCAAGUUGAUUAUACAACACCAUCACCACGCUUUUCAGUAACAAAUGAUGAUGCAUUAAAAGAUGCUAUGGCUUAUUUGGAUCAACAUGGUUAUGCUGUUAUUAGUGAUAUCAUGAAUCAAGAUGAAAUCAAUACAAACAAAGAUUUAUUAUGGAAAUUUAUUGAAAAUGCUUCUAAUAAUACCAUCGAUCGAAAAGAUCCUGAAACAUGGUCAAAAGGAUGGCCAAGUUUUAGUACUCAUGGUGUUAUUAGUGGAUUUGGCAUUGGUCAAUCUGACUUUUUAUGGAAUGUUCGAUCGGAUCGACAAAUCAAAAAAGUCUUUACUCGUGUUUGGAAUAAUCAACAAUUACUCACUUCAUUUGAUGGUUGUGGUGUCUUUCGUGAUUGGCGUUACAAUUCAGCAUGGAAAACAACAGGUGGUUGGAAUCAUGUUGAUCAAAAUCCUAAAACAAAGCCUGAUCGAUGUUGUAUUCAAGGUUUAGUUUCAUUAAUGGAUCAAAAUGAAAAAACAGGUGGUCUUGUUGUUUAUCCACAAACACAUUUACAUUUUACACAAUUAUCUGAUGUAGUAAAGAAUAAUAAUGAUUAUGUCAAGGUUUCUGAUACACAUUCAAUUAUGAAUCAAGGAAAAACAUUAGGUAAACUUGUACAUUGUCAAGCAGGUGAUCUCAUCAUUUGGGAUAGUCGAACAGUUCAUUGUAAUUCACCAGCAACUGCUAUUGACGAACGAAAUAAAAAUGAACCUGUCGAUCUCUUACGUAUUGUGGCUUAUGUUUCGAUGAGUCCAAUUACUUUAAUAAAUCCUCAAACAACACUUGAUCAAUUCCGAGAAAAACGAAAAGAAUUGGUGGAAAAUAAUUGUACAUUAACACAUUGGAGUACAGAAUUUGUCUUAGGAGGUGGUGGUAACAAUACCGAUGCUGAUCUGCCAAAAUUAUCAUUAGAUAAAUUUAAUGUUUAUCAAAAAGCUCUUAUUUUUGGUUUCGAUGAUGAAAAUAACGAAUAG